AUGGGGCUCGCACCAUUUUUCAUCUUUGUGGCUGUUUUCAGCCUAUAUUUGGUUGAUGGACUCAAUCAUGAGGCCAAGGACGGUAUUUCAAAUCGUAGAGUUUUGAAAGAACUAAAUGUGCAUGGAAAGAACACAACUUCUUCUGAGAUUACUGUGGUUAACAGCAAAAUGGAAAUGAACCAUGGUGGUGGUGGUGGUGCUGGUGGUGGUGCUGGUGGGAGUGGGAGUGGGAGUGGGAGUGAUAGUGGGAGCGGGAGCGGGAGUGGGAAAAGUGGUGGAAAUAAGAGGAAGCACAAGAAAAAGCACAAUGGUGGUAAAGGGAACAGUGCUGGUGGUGGUGGUGGUGGCGGUGGCGGGGGUGGAGGUGGAGGAGGCGGUGGAGGAGGAGUAGGUGGCGGUGGAGGUGGCGGUAGUGGUAGUGGAGGUGGCGGUGGCGGUGGAGGUGGAGGUAGUGGGAGUGGGAGUGGGAGUGGGAGUGGUGAUGGAGGUGGAGGUGGCGGUGGGGGUGGCGGUGGAGGUGGAGGUGGUCAAGGUGGAGGUUGGGGUUGGGGAGGAGGUGCAAACCAAAAUUGUUGGAUAUGGGGAUGUGGAGGAGGACAUCCACCGGCGACCAAGGGAUGA